AUGGAGAACGCAGUGUAUACGACAGACGAGUAUGGGCGGCCAUUCCUCAUCGUCAGAGAACAAGGCAAAAAGACUCGCAUGCACGGCGUGGAGGCGAUCAAGUCACACAUCCUCGCGGCCAGAUCGGUGGCUACCAUCCUGAGGACGUCCAUAGGACCACGCGGGCUCGACAAGAUCCUCGUCAGCCCUGACGGCGACAUCACGGUCACAAACGAUGGAGCGACGAUCUUGUCUGGCAUGGAGGUCGAGCAUCAGAUCGCAAAGCUGCUCGUCCAGCUGUCGCAGUCACAGGACAGCGAAGUGGGCGAUGGUACAACAGGCGUCGUCGUCUUGGCAGGCGCACUGCUUGAACAGUCAGAGGCCUUGCUCGACAGAGGCAUACAUCCCAUCAAGAUCGCAGACGGCUUCGAACGUGCCUGUGCUAUCGCAGUCGAUGAGCUCGACAAGGUGUCUGACAAGAUUGACUUCUCCAAAGACAACACUGCCGAACUGGAGAAGGUAGCGACGACUUGUCUGGGCAGCAAGAUUGUCUCUAAGGCUCAUGGCCUCUUCUCCAAGAUUGCGGUGGACGCAGUCAUGUCAGUAGCAGAUCUAGAGAGGAAAGACGUCGACUUUGAGCUCAUCAAGGUCGACGGCAAAGUCGGCGGCUCACUCGAGGACACGACGCUCGUCAAGGGCGUCGUCAUCGAUAAGGACAUGUCCCAUCCGCAGAUGCCCCGUUCACUCAAGAACGCCAAAUUGGCCAUCCUCACCUGCCCCUUUGAGCCACCGCGACCGAAGACAAAGCACAAGCUAGACAUCACCACCGUUGAAGAAUACAAGAAACUGCAGACCUACGAACGCUCCAAGUUUGAGGACAUGAUCAAGCGUGUCAAGGAUACAGGCGCAAAUCUCGUCAUCUGCCAAUGGGGCUUUGACGACGAAGCGAAUCAUCUGCUCAUGCAGAAUGAGCUGCCUGCCGUACGCUGGGUCGGAGGACCAGAGAUUGAGCUCAUCGCCAUUGCCACGAACGGGCGCAUUGUGCCACGCUUCGAAGACUUGACGGCAGCAAAGCUGGGCAAGGCCGGCGUCGUUCGCGAGCUGUCAUUCGGUACCACACGAGACAAGAUGCUGGUCAUCGAAGAAUGCGCCAAUACAAGAGCGGUGACCGUCUUUGUACGAGGAAGCAACAAAAUGAUCAUCGACGAAGCGAAGCGAGCACUGCACGACGCUCUCUGCGUCGUCCGCAAUCUCGUCAAAGACAAUCGAGUCGUGUACGGCGGUGGAGCCGCGGAGAUUGCGUGCAGCGUGGCCGUCGCCAAUGCAGCUGACAGCAUUGCAAGCAUCGAGCAAUACGCGAUGCGGGCCUUUGCCUCUGCCCUCGAUGCCAUUCCUGUCGCACUUGCAGAGAACUCGGGCCUGUCUCCAAUCGAAACUCUCGCAGAAGUCAAAAGCAGGCAAAUCACAGAAAAGAAUGGACGAUUAGGCGUCGAUUGCGUGGGCAGCGGCGACAAUGACAUGAAAGCGCAAUUCGUUUUCGACCCGCUUAUAUCAAAGCGACAGCAGUACUUGCUCGCGACUCAGCUCGUUCGAGCGGUGCUCAAGGUGGACGAUAGAUACUUUGCAGCCCAUAUAUUGAGUGGCAGAGGUGCAAUCUGGUCCUCAGAAGCAACAUCGGCGGCAGCACAGGUGAGGCAUCACAAGGCUCGAUUUACGGUACAACUCGUACAUGCAACUCGCGCACAGCUGUAUGCCUCGCUGUAUGGCGCCCAGAGAGUCGUGUCGUCGCGCAGGCAGUCGAGCGCGUCGUCAGACACCAUCAGCUUUGAACAUAUGAGCCGUUCCGAAAGACAGGCAGAGAUAAAAGGGUUGGAUGAUCACACAAGGCAGAAGACGGCAGAGAGGGUAUCUUUGGGUAACGAGCGCACAGAAUGA